AUGACGAAGGUCAACGCAGGUAUCGCCAGCUCGCGGCGCAAGUCGAGAAAGGCUCACUUCAGUGCGCCCUCGAGCAUUCGCCGCAACAUCAUGAGCGCGCCCCUCAGCAAGGAGCUGCGUGAGAAGUACAAUGUCCGCAGCAUCCCGGUCCGAAAAGACGACGAAGUCACCAUCGUCCGCGGAUCCAACAAGGGCCGCGAGGGCAAGGUGACCUCGGUCUACCGUCUCAAGUACCAGAUCCACAUCGAGCGCGUCACCCGCGAGAAGACGUCGGGCCAGAGCGUGCCCCUCGGCAUCCACCCCAGCAACGUCGUCAUCAACAAGCUGAAGCUGGACAAGGACCGCGAGGACAUCCUGGAGCGCAUCAAAGUCGGCCGCGAGCUGCGAACCAAGGGCAAGAACGCCUCCAAAUAA